AUGGACAAGACGAUGAACCAGCAGGAGUACGUGACAGUGAAAGGCGAGCGUUACGACACCAAGCGUCCGAAGGAUUCCGAAAUCCUCAAAGGCGAUGGCUCGUUCAUGGACAAGACGAUGAACCAGCAGGAGUACGUGACAGUCAAAGGCGAGCGUUACGACACCAAGCGUCCGAAGGAUUCUGAAAUCCUCAAAGGCGAUGGCUCGUUCAUGGACAAGACGAUGAACCAGCAGGAGUACGUGACAGUCAAAGGUGAGCGCUACGACACCAAGCGUCCGAAGAUUCGAAAUCCUCAAAGGCGACGGCUCGUUCACGGACAAGACGAUAAACCAGCAGGAGACUUUGUAACAGUGAAGGGGAGCGUUACGACACCAAGCGUCCGAAGAGGAUUCCGAAAUCCUCAAAGGCGAUGGCUCGUUCAUGGACAAGACGAUGAACCAGCAGGAGUACGUGACAGUCAAAGGCGAGCGUUACGACACCAAGCGUCCGAAGGAUUCCGAAAUCCUCAAAGGCGAUGGCUCGUUCAUGGACAAGACGAUGAACCAGCAGGAGUACGUAAAUUUAAAGGAGAGCGUUACGACACCAAGCGUCCGAAGGAUUCCGAAAUCCUCAAAGGCGAUGGCUCGUUCAUGGACAAGACGAUGAACCAGCAGGAGUACGUGACAGUCAAAGGCGAGCGUUACGACACCAAGCGUCCGAAGGAUUCUGAAAUCCUCAAAGGCGAUGGCUCGUUCAUGGACAAGACGAUGAACCAGCAGGAGUACGUGACAGUCAAAGGCGAGCGUUACGACACCAAGCGUCCGAAGGAUUCCGAAAUCCUCAAAGGCGAUGGCUCGUUCAUGGACAAGACGAUGAACCAGCAGGAGCGAUGGCUCGUUCAUGGACAAGACGAUGAACCAGCAGGAGUACGGACAGUAAAGAAGGUACACCAAGCGUCCGAAGGAUUCCGAAGUCCUCAAAGGCGAUGGCUCGUUCAUGGACAAGACGAUGAACCAGCAGGAGUACGUGACAGUCAAAGGCGAGCGUUACGACACCAAGCGUCCGAAGGAUUCGAAAUCCUCAAAGGCGAUGGCUCGUUCAUGGACAAGACGAUGAACCAGCAGGAGUACGUGACAGUCAAAGGCGAGCGUUACGACACCAAGCGUCCGAAGGAUUCCGAAAUCCUCAAAGGCGAUGGCUCGUUCAUGGACAAGACGAUGAACCAGCAGGAGUACGUGACAGUCAAAGGCGAGCGUUACGACACCAAGCGUCCGAAGGAUUCUGAAAUCCUCAAAGGCGAUGGCUCGUUCAUGGACAAGACGAUGAACCAGCAGGAGUACGUGACAGUCAAAGGUGAGCGCUACGACACCAAGCGUCCGAAAGAUUCGGAGAUCUUCGCAGGUGACGGGUCCUUCACCGACAAGACAAUAAAUCAGCAAGAAUUUGUAACUGUGAAGGGAGAGCGUUACGACACCAAGCGUCCGAAGGAUUCCGAAAUCCUCAAAGGCGAUGGCUCGUUCAUGGACAAGACGAUGAACCAGCAGGAGUACGUGACAGUCAAAGGCGAGCGUUACGACACCAAGCGUCCGAAAGAUUCGGAGAUCUUCGCAGGGAGAGCGUUACGACACCAAGCGUCCGAAGGAUUCCGAAAUCCUCAAAGGCGAUGGCUCGUUCAUGGACAAGACGAUGAACCAGCAGGAGUACGUUACAGUCAAAGGCGAGCGUUACGACACCAAGGAAGGUCAAGAAACACAAGAGUUAAGAAAGGCGCGUACGACACCAAGCGUCCGAAGGAUUCUGAAAUCCUCAAAGGCGAUGGCUCGUUCAUGGACAAGACGAUGAACCAGCAGGAGUACGUGACAGUCAAAGGCGAGCGUUACGACACCAAGCGUCCGAAGGAUUCUGAAAUCCUCAAAGGCGAUGGCUCGUUCAUGGACAAGACGAUCAACCAGCAAGAAUUUGUAACUGUGAAGGGAGAGCGUUACGACACCAAGCGUCCGAAGGAUUCCGAAAUCCUCAAAGGCGAUGGCUCGUUCAUGGACAAGACGAUGAACCAGCAGGAGUACGUGACAGUCAAAGGCGAGCGUUACGACACCAAGCGUCCGAAGGAUUCUGAAAUCCUCAAAGGCGAUGGCUCGUUCAUGGACAAGACGAUGAACCAGCAGGAGUACGUGACAGUCAAAGGCGAGCGUUACGACACCAAGCGUCCGAAGGAUUCUGAAAUCCUCAAAGGCGAUGGCUCGUUCAUGGACAAGACGAUGAACCAGCAGGAGUACGUGACAGUGAAAGGUGAGCGCUACGACACCAAGCGUCCGAAGGAUUCCGAAAUCCUCAAAGGCGAUGGCUCGUUCAUGGACAAGACGAUGAACCAGCAGGAGUACGUGACAGUCAAAGGCGAGCGUUACGACACCAAGCGUCCGAAGGAUUCUGAAAUCCUCAAAGGCGAUGGCUCGUUCAUGGACAAGACGAUGAACCAGCAGGAGUACGUGACAGUGAAAGGCGAGCGUUACGACACCAAGCGUCCGAAGGAUUCUGAAAUCCUCAAAGGCGAUGGCUCGUUCAUGGACAAGACGAUGAACCAGCAGGAGUACGUGACAGUCAAAGGUGAGCGCUACGACACCAAGCGUCCGAAGGAUUCCGAAAUCCUCAAAGGCGAUGGCUCGUUCACUGGACAAGACGAUGAACCAGCAAGAAUUUGUAACUGUGAAGGGAGAGCGUUACGACACCAAGCGUCCGAAGGAUUCCGAAAUCCUCAAAGGCGAUGGCUCGUUCAUGGACAAGACGAUGAACCAGCAGGAGUACGUGACAGUCAAAGGCGAGCGUUACGACACCAAGCGUCCGAAGGAUUCGGAGAUCUUCUCAGGCGACGGGUCGUUCACGGACAAGACUAUAAACCAGCAGGAAUUUGUAACUGUGAAGGGAGAGCGUUACGACACCAAGCGUCCGAAGGAUUCCGAAAUCCUCAAAGGCGAUGGCUCGUUCAUGGACAAGACGAUGAACCAGCAGGAGUACGUGACAGUCAAAGGCGAGCGUUACGACACCAAGCGUCCGAAGGAUUCUGA